AUGGACUUUGAAAGCUCCGUCAAGCGACUCGCCAAGGAUCAAUCCAGAAUGCGUGGAAAGCUGCGGAGUGGUGCCGGGGGAAAAGGAGUUGUCGUGUCGGAAAAGGCCAAACGUCAAGCAGAAUACCAACGAAAGCAAGCCGAAAAGAAACGCCAAGAACGAGAACGUCAAAAGAAGCUAGAAGAAUAUCAAAAGAGAUACAUGCGCCAAUGUGAACGAGCCCUCAAGACUCGACACUUGUCGUCAUCUGCGGCUGGUCCUGGCACUGCAUCACUCGUCCUGUCACCGACGUCCAUUUACGGGGAUGGUGACAAAAUUGCGCUUCCUCCUUCUGUUUUGGAGACUCUGGCGCAAUCGGCCAUGAGUAGCAGUUUGGAUCAAUCUAGUGUCGGAAGCCCUUGGACCUUUCGGAUUGGUAUUUUGAAUCCUGACUAUCAAUUUCCAUCGUCUAUUCUGAUCAAAACAUUGAAACCACCAAAUGAAGAUUUCAUGGCAGACAGCGAUAGUGAUGACGACAACGAAAACGAUGAGGAUGAAGUCGGUGAAAUGCAAGCCUUUCAAGACGAACUGUCGCACAAAUACUUGGCUUACACUCAUUGUACGGUCGUUGAAUUUACGCAAGACGAAGGGCAUGUUGGAAUUCCACCAAUGGUGGCCAAGGCUUUGUUGGGUCGCAACAAUGCCAAUACAGAAGUAGGAAACAAUACUACUGCUCACAUUCCAGUCAAGCGCACAGUCGAUCCAGCGGCGGCAGGGGCCGAUCCUGACGAAACAAUGGCUCCAGGUGCGGCAUCAUCGGAAGACCAAACACCAGGUCACUUGGCGUGGGGUGCCUUUGACAUUCCCGAUUUGUCGUUGGAAAUUACGCUUUUGCAACUGCCCAAAGGAAAGGGAUGUACUUUGGUUCCCACAAAGGAAGCCAUUCAAAACAAUUUUUAUGGUCUCAAGGAUGUCAAACUAGUCUUGGAACAGAGUUUGAUUCGAACUCGAGCGACGCUGAGCAAAGGAGACGUGGUUUGCACUUGGCAUCGUGGGGUUCAAUUUGAUUUGAAGGUGACCAAAGUAAUUCCAUCUACCUAUGAUGCGGUGACUUGUAUCAAUACUGAUAUUGAAGUGGAGAUUGGUGAAGCAGAAACUCCGCCAGUGACAAAGGAUAACGCUGCCAAGGCAAGUGCAGCACCAAAGCCCGUUGGCGGAUUCACAACUGGUGGUCAAGUAUUAGGAGGACCAUCCACCACCACACCCACACCAAUUGAGACAACUGCAUCGGCUGCCGCCAGCCCGGCACCAAUGGAGGCGGACUUGUUACCGGAACCUCCUGUAGAUGUCAAACAAGGUGUCUGCACGGUACACAUUCAACACAGCCAGGGAACUGGAAAGCGACGAUUUUUUGUAGCGGAAGCGACCAUGAAGGAUAUAUUUGCCUUUGGAGAUUAUUUGUUGGCAUCAGCUGGUGCUCAAGGGCGACCCUAUCGAUUGGCAACGAGAUUUCCACGCAAGGUUUGGAGUCUGGACAACGACAACAGGGACAAAUCCUUGACCGAUGCUGGUAUCGCGGCAGGGCAAGAACGAUUCAUGGUGGAAUUCUCAUAA